AUGCAAAUGUAUCUUCAUCACUAUUAUUCUAUAGCCAGGGAAGGGAGGCAGGCGCAUGGAUGUGUUGUGAAGCUUGGUUUGGAGUUUGACCUGUAUGUUCAGAACAAUUUGGUUCAUUUCUAUGGGGUUUGCAAGAAAAUUAAGGAUGCAGUGAAGGUGUUUGAUGGAAUGCCUGAGAGAAGCGUUGUUUCGUGGAAUGUGGUUGUGACCGCCUGCGUUGAUAAUUUGCCGGUGAAUGAUGGGAUUGGGUAUUUUGUGAGGAUGGGGGAGUGUGGUUUUGAGCCGGAUGAGACUACGGUGGUGGUGGUGUUGAAUGCGUGCUCCGAGCUUGGGAGAUUGAGCUUAGGAAGAGGGGUUCACUCGUAUGUAAUGCUAAGACGCUUCGUUUUGAAUUGUCAGCUGGGUACUGCGCUUGUGGACAUGUAUGCGAAGUCCGGGGAUUUGGAUUGUGCCAGAUUGGUUUUUGAUAGAAUGGAGGGGCGGAAUGUCUGGACUUGGAGUGCGAUGACUCUAGGCCUAGCUCAGCAUGGGUUUGUCGAGGAAGCCCUUGAGCUUUUUCAAAAGAUGUUGAACUCUUCGGUAUGCCCGAAUUAUGUCACCUUUCUAGGGGUCCUCUGUUCUUGUAGCCACGCUGGACUGGUGGAUGAUGAGUACCGAUACUUUUAUGAUAGGGAACAUGUUUAUGGAAUUACACCCAUGAUGAUACAUUAUGGUGCCAUGGAGGUGGCUUAUAGCUUCAUGAAGAGCAUGCCCUGUGAACUUUGUCCUAUCAUAUGCAGAACAUUGCUCAGUGCAUGCAGUACUCAUGAUGUCAAUGAUGAACUAGGGAUCGCGAAUAAAGUUAUAGAAAAUUUGCUUGAAUUGGAGCCCAGUAGGAGUGGGAAUUUAGUGAUGGUGGCAAAUUUUUUAGUUGAAACUGGGAUGUGGGACAAAGCUGCCAGUUUGAGGAAGGUUAUGAAAGAAAAAAGGAUGAAGAAGCGGGCGGGAGAGAGUAGCGUUGAGUUGGGUGGAUCCAUCCAUAAGUUCUUUUCUGGCUAUGAUUCUCGAUCUGACUAUGAGGAUAUCUUUGGGAUACUAGAUGUAUUGAGCUCGCACAUGAAGUUGGAUGACAUGUAG